GUGGACAUAGAGCUCCUUCACGCGAUGAGUCCGGCCGGGGGUUUGUUUAGGGUCACCCGAAGUGUAAGCGCAAACGUAACCCGAUCUACAACUCUCAAACGCAGAGCUUUUCUUGUCCGGGGGGAGGUGAUUGUGUAGUGGUGCAAGCAUGGCCCAUUCGGGACAAACACAAGCGGAAAAAUUGAGAAAAGGCAACAACAAGUGAGUGCUCAGUCCUUUACUGUUGUUCUCUCUCCCCCAUAAGCUCUAGCUCUCGCUUGUUGGAGAGUCCGUGUGUGCGCUCGAUGAACUUGUUGUGCAACGCGCAGUCCGUUCAGUCUGAGAGAGUUAACCGUGGUUGAACGACGCACCUGUGACCGUGUCCGUGACAAUUGUUCAGCGCAAAUCCGGGAGUUUAAUCGAAGAUCCUUGGCGAAAAGUGUGCGAGAGAGAGAGAGAGAGCGCGUGCAGAUCCUUGUACGCAAUCAAGUGUUGAAAGAAUUUCAAUCCGGGCACAAUAUGACAGACGAAGAAGGAAAACGAUGAUGGAAUUCGCUCAAAGUGGAGGAAAAAUAUUUGAGCGGUGUUGAAAAACAACAACAACAGAAAAAAUGGUACAAGUGGUCUUGUGAAGCUGCUUAAGCAGCCAAGAUGGAGGCUGCUGUUUAGGGUCGUUGCCGCGAAAUGUUUAUCAGGGAUUAAAUCGUUCAACUGACUCGCGGAUUGAGGUUAAGUGUGUACACGCGUAGUGACGACUGGUUGGAGUUGGAUAAACGCGAGAGAAAAAUUAAAAUUCAAGUGAAUGAGUACGAUUCGACGGGUGUCGUUUGCGAUUUCGUCGGUGAAAAAGUUUAAGUGUCACCCCAAAAGUGGUAAAAGCUUAACAGCAAUAAAAGUUUAUUGAAUUUUGUGGUCAUCGCCCCAAGCGGGAGUGAUUGUUUGCUCAAAUUCAAAAUCAGAAAGGAUUAAAGCCUGAAAUCGGUGAGUGGUUAUAAUUGUGGCACCCCCAUCAGAGCAAAAAACCGCGGAUACUGUUUAAUAGCGUUGUGCAGUAUUAGUUUCAAAGUGAAAAAUUGUGAAACAAAAAACGGUGCCUCUGACCAAGUGAUACGCAUGUACAAACAAGAGGAUUGGUCAGGCCAAAUUGAAAUUAAUCAUUCCCAAUUCGGAUUACAAUUAUUGGAUUACCUGCCACCCGAUCGCAACUCCUACACUGUGUGGGGAUGUUUCCUGAGGGGAUCGCCGAUGGUAGUGCAAGUGUACAGCAGUGUCUGCUAGCGCUGCGCUGUUAGCGACUCGAGUGGCCCCUUGACCUGUCCCUAAUCGGACUAAUAAGACAGACAGCAAUAGCGACGGCGAUUUAGUGAGAUAGAGAGGGAGAUAGCGCAGUUCAACCGUAAUACAGAGCGAACAAACCGGCCAUUUAACCAGUCGACCCAGUUUAGGAGCUGACACAAGCAGAGAAAGGUUAAAGUUCUCCACCGUGAAGAAUGUAAUCUAAUGCAACGCAACACAACACAACACUACGAAAUAAGCGAGGAAUGGUUCAAACCAAGGCGCCUAGAAGUAUAUCGUAAGAAUGCCUGCCGAAGGCUCACUCGACGACCAUGGCAUCACGACAAUGUCACGUUCGUCUCGGAUCGACCAGUUCCUAGCGGGUGGAAAUCCUCCCUCGUCUCCAACGAUUCGCGGUUCCUCCAGCGGAGGUGCCUCUGGCUCCUCGUCUGCCAGCGGGAGUGGCGGCGGUCGGACUCCAUCCUCCUCGGGCAGUGGGUACGAUGGUCAGCUGGGGGGAUAUCAGCCGCACAUGAUGAAUCCCGCAGCGCAACAUCACGGCCGGGAGAGUUCGGCCUUCGUACCGGUGCUACCGUCCCGGUCACUCAGACCAAGUCUCUAUCCGGGCAUGCUGGAUGGACCGGACGGGAUGUCCAAGGAGGGAGUCCCCAAGAGAGGCUCCAGCUACGAGCUGAUGGCAAUGAUGGCGGACAAACGGAAAGAACUUGCACUCAGGGAAGCGGCCGCGGCGAUGUUACUGCCCAGACACGGCGGACAGCCGGUGCAAUCUCCCGGAGGAAUAUAUCCACCACCAGGGGCGUUUCUUGGUGGACCUGGUCCAUCUCCCACAUCGGCCGGAACGUUUACAUUCCCUCCCGGCGGUGUUGGCCUGUAUCCCCCGGGAGUUCCCCCCGGAAUGCACGCGGGUCUUGAUCGACGAUUGCUACGAGCGCCUGGCCGCGCCUCUCGGCCGAAGAAACAAUUCAUCUGCAAGUUCUGCAGCCGCCAGUUCACCAAGUCCUACAAUCUGCUAAUCCACGAGCGAACGCACACCGACGAGCGGCCAUAUUCAUGUGAUAUUUGUGGGAAAGCCUUCCGGCGGCAAGACCAUCUACGAGACCACAGAUAUAUUCACUCGAAGGAAAAGCCGUUCAAAUGCACCGAAUGUGGCAAGGGUUUCUGCCAGUCGCGAACGCUGGCCGUGCACAAGAUUCUGCACAUGGAGGAAUCUCCCCACAAGUGCCCGGUGUGCAAUCGGAGCUUCAACCAGCGCUCGAAUCUGAAGACGCAUUUGCUCACCCAUACGGACCACAAACCGUACGAGUGCAACUCGUGUGGAAAGGUAUUCCGAAGAAAUUGCGACCUCAGGCGUCACGCACUGACCCAUACGGUGGGAGACGUGCCGUCAGAGUCGCUCGAUGUCGGCGAUGAUGACCACAAUCUUAGCGGCGAUGAAGAUGAGACUGUUCUGGAAGUUGAUUCGCCGGUUCAUUCCCCCGCCGGCAGAAACCGAUCUCCGUCCCCGCCGCUUGAUAUGCCCGUUUCGGCCGAACUGGAAGAUGGAUUCGCGGACGAGAAUGGAGACGAGGAUGAAACGAUCAGCGUUGCAGGUCACGAGCCGGAUCCAACACCAGUAGUCCAGUGCCAUCACGAGAGACCUACCGGAUCCAAGAGUCCGUACACGAUGCGUCCGCAGUACGAAUACGGAAGCAGAUCUUCGACCUCUUCGCAAUCCUCCCAGCACUCGACUGCCCAGGGAUCCUGUGGAGAGGAUUUGACAACCGGUGGAUCAGGAUCCAUCCCACCGCAGCAUCCCCACGAUAUGUUCAUCCCGAUGUUACACGUUCGAAGGGAUCUCCACCACAAGAUAGGACUCCUCGGACGAGCGUCAGCUACUAUCACAAGCGGGUUGAUGGACCCCGGCGGUCAAUUCUUCGGUUCCAUCCCACUCCGGAAACGAGCUAUGGGCCCGGAUGGUGAGCCUCAUCCAAUUAUGGGCCGCACGCUAAUGCCCGCUCAUCUGCCACCUCCAAUGAUCAAUCAAAGACCAAUGAUGAAACCACCCGACGAGCAGCAGCAGCAGCAACAGCACAAAUCAAAUGUUCUUCCUCCAGAUUCGCCACACGAAGCGAUUCCAAUGAUUUCCCCCACAGUGUCCUCCUCUCCUUCUCUGCUCUCACCACAUAUUAACUCACCUUCCCUUCCACCGCUCCAACUGCCUCCACCCCCACCAACGCAACUCACCAAUCAAUCUCUCCCCCUUCCAAUCAAUCUUGUGAAUCUGUCCAACCUCCCGCCCUCGGCUUCCUCCCAGCCAACGCCGCCGAGUGCUUCGGUCCCCCAAGCAUCCACUGUCACAACGCAACCACAACCAUCGAUAUCGGCGGGCGGCGGCCCAUCAUCCCAGCACCCAAACCCGGUGUCCCUUCAACCCCCACAGCAACAACAACUACCACCCCCACCACCACCUCCCCGCAAGACUGGUUUCAGCAUAGAGGACAUCAUGCGCCGCUAGAAUCAAUCAAGCCGUGGUUAAUUAAUGCUAACGAAUUCUUUGAAUGUACAAAAACAACACUGACAACAAUGACGACAACGACAACGACGACGGAGACGCCAACACCGGUCAAAGGCGUCGAUGUCAGCCUUUCUCGACGCCACAUUCGACCGACCGACCGAUCGAAUGCGCCGCCGAUUUAUUAUUGAUGGCUUCCGUUGCGCGCUUCUUCCGAGCGAAAUUGCAUCUGCUCGUUGGCGGCGGCGGCUGCUGUUGAGAUGCCUUUGCGGUUCCAGUGGCACUGCUGGUAAUUAAGACGGGUGACGCGUUUUUGCUCAGUGGCGGAGUGCGCGCGGGUGUUGCAAGUAGCUAGCAAGCGCGUUGAGAUGAAUUGCGGGAGCGAGCGCUUGGUGAUAAAUGUUGUUCGACCUGUUUGGGUUUGUUUCUAACUAUUGUUCAGAUGGAAAGCAGAGGCCAGUGAUGGGUUUUGUUAGAAUGAGUAAUUACCAGGUAAUUGAAUAAGUUUUGUCGAUUGAUAAGGAAAACACGGUUUUGUGGUUUGAAACACAUCUAUGUGUUUCUAUGCUAUUAUCCAAUGCACUGCCGUUCUACGCAUAGUUGUCCCAUGUUACUUUUUGACAAAUUUCACUCUUCAAAAACGAUGUUAGUGCAAAAUACAAAAAAAUACAAAUACACAACCAGUAUUUAAAAAACAACAUGCAGUUCAAUUGUCUUAUGUUGAUAUGCUAGUAUUUUUAAACCUAGUAUAACUUUUCGGUCUAUGUGAAUAUACAGUGGAACCCCGAUUAUCCGCGAGCGGAUGAUGCACGAUGCGGAUUAUUCACAACAGCGAGUUCCGGAAUUUGUCAGUGAAUGAUAACGUCCAUCUCCACUAACGAUCGGUUCGAGUAGUGGGCCGACGCCAGAUCGGCAGCAGGAACGGCAGCCACUUCGUACUUGAAUUUUUUUCUGUUCACGGCCAGUCCGGAGCUAAAGAAGAGCGGCUUUGCCCCUUCUCGCUGAUUGUCAGCCACAGCAGAAAAAAAGAAUGAAAUGAUAUAGUUAAGUCGGUGGAGGGAGAUAGCGACUAAACGCCCGACUGUCGUUUUGGGGGAGAAACUGUGUGAAGAAGCCAAAAGUCAUUACCAACUGAAUACGGAUAUAGUCAAUCAGAUAGUCAGCUGACUAUCCUCAGUUGACUAUGACUAUGCAGAGCCCUGUUCCCAGGCAUAAACUCGGUUCUCCCAAGUCCUGUUUCAGGACAUUGCCCACACGAUCGGUCUUAGCCGCAUCGCUGCUGCUGAUGAGGAUGUCAUCUACGUAAAUUAGCCAGUAAUAUUUGAUUCCAUUAGCUAUCUUGACGUACAGACAUUCAUUCGAAUCGCUUCCCUUGAACCCCAGGUGUAACAGUAUAACAUGCAGCCGCUGAUUCCAGCAUUUGGCUGAUUGCUUGAAGUCCCCUUCCCGCCAGGAUUUUUUUCAGCCAAGCACAAGAAUACUCGCCCCCAUCAUCUGCACGAAGGCAGUUGGGUGAUUUACCAAAUUGUGUCUGGAUCUAUCUUCUCGGUAGCUUCCGACUUGUUGGUCAACAAAUAUAACACUCAGUAACGACUGAAAUAGUCCUCAUGUUCAUAAAAUAACGCUUCCUGCUUGGCGUCGCUUCUUCCCGAGGUCCACACAGGUCGUGGUGGAUUAGAUCUCCCGUCGCGCUUGACUUUGAUCCUGAUGCUUUUGGGAACGACGAACGGGCCAUUCUCCCCUCAUAGCAUACUCCACAUUCCGGCUCGAUAGCACACUCACGCAAGUCUAAACCAACGCCAAAAUCGUUAUGUAUAAUCUUCUUCAAACCCUGGAAGUCUAUGUGGCGCCGAUGCCAUAUGUGUUAUGUAGAUGCUACUAUGUCCGGUGAUCGCCAUCAGCGUUCGCUGUACACCAGGUUUCAGGUGAUAAAGGUUACCACUACGAAGUCCCGUAAUGAAAACUCUACCAUUUUUCUUUUUUCAACAACAAUUUUUAUGGGAAAUAGCGCUGCACCCCUCGUCCUUCACACAGCUUUCUCGCUGAAAGUAGGCUUCCCGUCAGCGCAGGAACGUGGUAUACCUGUUUCAGCUUGACGACAACAACCUUUCCAUCUCCGUUUACCUUAUGAAACUUGAUGGAACCAAACCCCGCUGCAAAUAUCUUCUUUCCAUUGGUCAGGCCAAUGCUCGUGGUUGUCAGACUUACUUCCUCCAGAACCGACGCGAUGCUGGUUAUAUGAAAGUUGGAUCAUAAGUCGAGGAACCACAACGUAGAACAUCCUUGCGGUUCAGGUCCAGUCGUCAAAUGUUCCCCAUCCGCUUUCUGUUUAUCUCCUGCAACAACUCCUAGUGCAGACUGGAUAAAAUAAUCGCUACCAGCCAAUUGUCAGUCAGUGGAUCGUCCACACUCGAAAGACGUUUCGAGAGCUGAAUGAUUUCGACGAGAUGUUCAGCCACAUUUCCGUACUUCGACAGCUGCAACCGGAUAUGUCUCCGCAAAACAAGAAUUUACAAUCGCGUUGUAUUCGUGGCAAGUUUGGCUAUCCUCAAUGGGCAAUCCGAUCAGAGCUUGCGCCUUAUCGUAUUUGGUUAUCCAGGCAGCAUCAGGCUCAGUGGGCUUCUCUUUCUCGACAACGUCCUUCAAUCAUUGCUUCGUCAGCAAUAGGUCGACACGAAAUUUCACGUUGUUUUAUAAUUUUCGCGGACACGAAUACAACGCGAUUUCCACCGACGAGUACAUUUUCCGCUCUCGCGACACUGGGCCCAUUAACUUUUGGACAAAAACGGAUUUUACUAAAAAUAAUAAACGUGUUUACUACAAGAAAAUGUUUAUUCACGUCUAACUACAUCGAGUGCUUUUUAUAUUUGAAUGAAUGCAUGAGAGAGAACUAAUAUUAUGAGACAUGGGUGAUGGUUGGUCCGUGCUGUCAGGUAGCCCAAUUCGUGAUAUUUAGAGCGGAGGAAGGUGAUAUCACGACACCAAUGCCAUCUAUGUAUCAAAACAGGAAACAUUCCAGCUCAUGUAGACGAACCGACGAACUCAAUUGACGAAUCUACGCAAAGCUGUUUCAGCUCAUGCCACAAAAGUGAUGAUGUUUGUUUUUUCUACGCACCUAAAAGCAAGGUUCGAUCGUGAUUAUUCCUUUUAUUUCAAUUUAAAUUCAUUUCAACCACUAAUUAUCGACUGUAAUUGGUAAGAAAGUCAGAUUUUGGUACAUUUACAAUGGUUUCAACACGCGAUUGAACCAAUAUCAUAGAUUAUCUUCGAAAUUUUUGUGUAUGAUAAUGCAUAUAGGUUAUGAGUAUUAACUUCCGUACGAUUUUCAGAAACUCAUGUUGUGGAUAAUGGUGAUCGAUAUCAUAUUAAGUUGGUUGAUACCAUUGGUUACGCAGGGGAUUCCGUUUGAACGAUACGAGAAGGAUCUGCAGUAUUUGAAGCAUAACAAAUGGUGCCCAUCGUUAGCCUAGUAAAACAAAUGUAAAUUACAACACUUAUAUCAAUCCAUUCUUCAUGUUAUUUACGAAACAGUAUAAAAUUAUGAUUUUCUAACCAUUCAAUGUAGAAAGAAUCCUAGAAACCGGGAAAUUUGAAGAAAAAACAGAUUUUUCUUAAAAAUUUAACGAAUUUCAAACCAAAACAUCAUCAUUUUACUCGCUGCGCCAUCUGGUUGAAAAUCUAACGUAAAUUCGUCAAUAACGUCGUCUCUUAUCGAUCGAAAAAGUUCAUUGGACAAUCUAAAAUCUCCAGUUGAAAUUUUUUUCAACACUUUGCCUCAACUUGAAACCGAAUCUCGCCCCCUCCCUGUUUUUACGCACCAACAGAAGCUACAGAGGUAAUUCACUUCUAACUCAUACGCGGCACCCCGCCCAUCAAGUCAGGCGGGGAGUUCAUUCCAUCACCCACCAAAAUCGCCGGGGUUCGAAUGGUCGAAUGUGUGGCACACAGAGACGAAAUUCAACACCUCGCGCCGGGUGUUGGCUUACACCGUCCACCGCCGCCGCCGCCAGUCAGAUAGCGCGGAAGACCCACAAAGUAUCGGUUGGCACAGCCAACGGAAAGACACAUACCUGCCCCACCAAAAGGUACCCAAACUUGACACGCACUUGCGAAAAGACAACAAACGGCGCUGAAAGAACUGUUUAAAAAUAAGGUUUUUUUUUGGGGGAUCUCCAACAGGAAGAGUGACAAGAAAUUGGGCCGGAGCAGAAUAAAAGAAGAAAAAGAACUCAUAAGUUGAGUGCGGCGUAAUUGAAGGGAACAAGUUAGUUUUAUAAGAGUUUUAUUGUGCUGGCAACAGAAAGAGGAUGUUAUGGGGGGAGGAAGGAAGUGAGUUUGUGAGGAACUCGAUAGUUUUAAGCAUUACGUCCUGCUCAAAGAGUGGUGUGUUUGCGAGUAGUGCAAGAAGACCAUGUUUAAAGUGUAAGAUUAGGUUGGAGUAAAUCCGAAUGAUAAUUUUUCCGUUGUAGCGUUUUUUGUUUUGUUUUAUGAUACGUACGUUUGGGGGGAAAGUUCUCCUGCAAUCGAAUUGUACAGCGAAUAUUGUUCCGAACAAUGAAAGACAGUGUUAGUGAUAUACAAUAAGAUUUAAGAAAGCAUAUAAGGAAGAUAACAUAUUCUCGAGUUGGUUCCGUUAGUUUCUAGAUUUCAUAGUUUUCCGUUUCUAGCGUAGGACUUUAUUACGUUUUCAGUUCUGUUUCACAGUGGCAUCGAAUCAUGUACAUUUGCCAUCGAUAAUUUAACACAGUAUACUUGAUAGGAUCACGCAAAAAUAAACUCAAAAGUUUACGGUAGAUCAAAUUAGAGAUAAUCCCUAGAUUCAAUCGGUUAAGCAUAAGUUAUUUGUGAUUCAUUCAAACGGUCAUAAUUCAUUCCAUAUGUCUGACAGGAAUUCUACGAUAAGCGGCCAAUUGUACUUUUCAGAUGAAAAUAAAGA